AAGCGGAUAAGAAAAGGGGACAGUCUUCCCAAUCCCAGAUUCUUCUUCUUCUUCUUCUUCUUCUUCUUCUGAAUCACUGAAACCAGAGAAGAAGAAAUGUCCAUCAUAUCAUUUUCAUCAGCUUCAACCUCAGCCAGACAUCCAAUUUUCGCUAACAAUGCUUCUUCUUCUUCUUCAUUUUCAUCCACUUCUUCAUCUCUCACACUCAGAACUUCUUUCCUCGCCCUUCCUAUGAAUCCCCACCACAAAAACAACCUUCGUCUCCAAUUUCCAACACGAAGAACCACUAGACGUCCUAACAAUGCCCUCUCUGUCUGUAUGAGCAUGGAAGCCGGCAUUGGCGUUAUGGCCACCAAGCUCGGUAUGAUGAGCUUCUUCGAACCCGACGGCAAGGUCGUCCCUGUCACGGUGGUCGGUUUCAAGGAAGGCAACAUCGUCACCCAGGUUAAGACGGAGGCGACCGACGGCUACAGUGCCGUUCAGGUUGGGUAUCGUAGGGUUAGGGAUCGGAAAUUGACGAAACCGGAAUUGGGGCAUCUCCAGAAAGCUGGAGCGAUUCCAAUGCGUCAUUUGCAGGAGUUUCGUCUCGAGUCUGUUGGUGGAUUUGAGUCCAAUCAGAGCCUGGUUUUCAAUGAACUUUUCAAGGAGGGCGACCUGGUUGAUGUCUCUGGCACUACAAUUGGAAAGGGAUUUCAAGGUGGAAUCAAGAGGCACAACUUCAAAAGGGGUCCAAUGACCCACGGUUCCAAGAGCCACAGAGCACUUGGAUCGAUCGGUGCAGGAACUACACCGGGGCGUGUUUACAAGGGGAAGAAGAUGCCUGGAAGGAUGGGAGGAACCAAGAGAAAGAUUAGAAAACUCAAGAUUGUAAAGAUUGAUGAGGACCUUAAUGUUGUAAUGAUCAAAGGCGCCGUCCCAGGUAAGCCAGGAAACCUUCUUCGUAUAGCUCCUGCAAAGAUCGUAGGAAAGAACAUUCCUAAGAAUUAGCUUUAGCUUAUCUGUUGGAAUUGUGUUUAUCGAUUCUUUUUUGUUUCUUAAGCUGUUGUAUCUCUUCAACUGGUUAUUUGUAUUAUGAUUAGUUAACAGUUGAGUUCUUCAGAAAAUGUUUGAUCCAUUCCAAAUUUUUUCAUCAGUUGGUGAUUACAAGUAAUUGGCUGCAUUCAUCUGUUGAUAAA